GCCUGCUCACUCGUCACUUGAUUAUAAGACCUGCAGGCGACUCUGUGGCUCAUCCUUUCACUUAGUGCGAAUCAGCUGCUUUGCUCGUCAUUGAGGUUGUAAACUAUAUUUUCAACUUCUCUUCUGCGUGAAUAUUUUGAAAGUCGUUGAAUUCUGGAGUGGAGGCUGACGGAGAGCUGCAGGCGUCUGGGCAUUAUAGGACCGAAGAAUGGAAGCAUAUCCUUUUACACUUUGAGUAAAGGAGAAAAAUUGGAUUUUUUUUCCCCAUUUAUCUUCUACCUUGAGCUGAGUAGACUAGACAAAUGUAUCAAAUGGUUCAUAGCUCUUCUCCCCAUAGCAAUUCCAACCUUAAUGAAAGGAAACAUAAACAGAUGCGGCCCCUUGUGGGUGCAAGUGUGCUUGGAUUAUUUAUAGUAAUUGCUGCUGUUGUCUCCUGGAGCUACUAUAGUGCCUCACUUCGCAAAGCUGACUUACUCAAAACUGAACUGCUGGAUCUCAACCGGCAUGGUUUCCGCAUUAGGAACCAGUCAGGUGUUGUUGUCUUCCGCAUGACUUUCAGGUCAGCAGAACUAGAUCUGGACUCCUGUACUAAGGAAGGUACCAUUCUAAGUUGCACUCGUUCAACUAAUGGAAGGUUGAACUUCUUUAUUCAAACCGUGAAACCUAAAGAUACAGUGAUGUGCUACCGUGUCCGAUGGGCAGAGUUUACAACGGAGAGCUUUGUGGAACAUGGCAUGUCCUACAAGGAUUCAUCCUGGUAUGGAGGUGCAGAAUCCAGUACUCAGCAUUGGCCAAUUUUGAUCACUGGUAUACAGGAACCAAAGCCAUUUGUGACAACAGAUGUUUACUCAAAUCGCGGUGGCUUUGGAGGUAUUCUGGAAAGGUACUGGCUUUCAUCCAAUGCUACUGCCAUAAAGAUUAGUGAUUCUGUGCCCUUUCAUCUAGGAUGGAAUGACACAGAACAAAACCUUUACUUCCAAGGUCGAUACCACAACACACCUUACAAGCCACCUCAUGGUCAACAGCCUUUCCCUGAGCUUAGUUAUCGUGUAUGUGUUGGUUCAGACAUCACCUCUAUCCAUAAAUACAUGGUAAGGAGAUACUUUAACAAGCCCACGAAGGUUCCCUCAGAGGCAACAUUCAGAUAUCCAGUGUGGUCAACUUUUGCUGUGUACAAGUCAGACAUCAACCAGGAAAAACUUCUGAGAUAUGCAGAAAACAUAAAGAAAAAUCGGUUUAACUGUAGCCAUUUAGAGCUUGAUGACACCUACACCAGUAAUUAUGGUGAGUUUGAAUUUGAUGCUAUUAAAUUCCCAAAUGUCUCUGAAAUGUUUAAAAAAUUGAGAAGCUAUGGAUUUCAUGUAACUUUGUGGACUCAUCCCUUUAUCAACUAUAAUUCUUCUAAAUUUGGUGAAGGAAUUGAGAAAGGUCUUUUUGUCAGAGAACCCACAGGACAGCUUCCUGCAGUGGUGCGCUGGUGGAAUGGUAUUGGUGGAAUUCUAGACUUCACUAAUCCUGAAGCCAGAGAAUGGUACUUGUCCCAUUUAAAGAACUUAAAGUCCAAGUAUGGGGUAGCUUCCUUUAAGUUUGAUGCAGGAGAAGCCAGUUAUCUUCCUCAGCAGUUCAGCACAUUAGUACCCCUUCCAGAUCCCAGCACCUUUACCCGACGCUACACUGAAAUGGCAGCUUCUUUCUAUGAGCGUGCAGAGUUACGAGUUGGCUACCAGUCACAGAAUAUCUCCUGCUUUUUUCGAAUCAUUGACAGAGAUUCUGUCUGGGGUUAUGAACUGGGUCUGAAGUCUCUUAUACCCACUGUGCUAACUAUAAGCAUUUUAGGAUACCAGUUCAUCCAGCCUGACAUGAUUGGAGGAAAUUUGUACCCCAACCGCACAGAUGGCUCACUAGAGCUACCUAACCGGGAACUUUAUAUUCGUUGGUUGGAGCUUGCAGCUUUCAUGCCUGCCAUGCAAUUUUCUGUACCACCUUGGCACUAUGACAAUGAUGUUAUUAGGAUUGCUCAGAAGUUUACAGCUCUCCAUGAAACGCUAGUAGCUCCCCUUGUUCUGGAGUUGGCCGGAGAAGUAUUGGACACUGGAGAUCCCAUUAUUCGACCACUUUGGUGGAUUGCUCCCAAUGAUCCAUCUGCACACAAGAUUGAUUCCCAGUUUCUUAUUGGAGAUACACUAAUGAUUGCUCCAGUUUUAGAACCAGGAAAACAAGAGAGGGACAUAUACCUUCCUGCAGGGAAGUGGCGCAGUUACAAAGGAGAGUACUAUGAUCGGACACCCAUGCUUUUGACAGACUAUGAAGUUGAUUUAGAUGAAGUAGCUUACUUCACCUGGGUGUCUUAAAGUACUCCCAUUGAAAAUGCACAGAAA